AUGUCAAAACUUAUUUUUAGUAUAUUUUUUUGUGUUUGUAUCUUUACCGGUAUUCAACUUAUUUAUUAUGGAUACUAUUUAAAUGGAGUUGUAAUAGUUGCAAUAAACAUUUUUUGUUUUGCUUUAAAUGCUUUGUCUUUUUGGAACCCUGAUUAUGAUUGGAUUUGUAUUUUAACUUAUUUUUUUAACAUUGCUCAAUGGAAAUUUUAAAUAAAGGUAGAUGAUGAAGUUACUUAAACAUUAAAAGAAUUUAAGAAAUAAUAUCCCUAUCUGGGCAUAUGGGAUAAGGAAAUUUUAACUGGAAAUAUUUAUCCUGAUCAACUUAAAACUAAUGCAGGAAAUAUCACAGAAAAUUAAAUCUUUUAUUUGGCUAAUAUAAGAGUUCAGAUGUUUGAAUAGAAAAUACAAUAAAACGUAAAAGUUUUAUCUUUCAAAAACAUUGAAGAUUCAGAAAAAGGAAUAAAAACUUAUAAUCAAUAAGAGGAGUCUUUAAAAUUUGCUAGAUUAGAAUAAUUUAAUUUUAGGAAUGAAUAAAAUAUUUAAAGUUUCAUUGCUUAAGGAGAAUUGUCUACUCUUUAAGUCUAAGAUCAUAACUGUAUUAUUGUAAAAAAGGUUCUAUAAGAACCUUAACAAAAUGAGGGAUUGGAAAAAUUGUAGCCAGCUAAUUUUGGAAUAUCUGGAGAGGAUAUGCAAAAUGGUAUCUUUUCUCUAGCUAUCGUUGGUGAAGGUGAUCAUCAAUUUGCAUUCUUGACUUGUGAGACUUGUGAACUCGUUUGA